GUCGAAAAUACAACAUUCAUUCUGUCCACAUCGUACUACUUCAUUUCCACCAUCUCUAUAUAUAAAUGCUGCUUCACAUUAACAAUUACUACUACUAAAUCAACAAAAAUGGAUGAUUCAGUGAGAAGGGGUUUCAUGGCAGCUAUUGCAGUUUCCGGAGGCGUAGUCUUCCUAGCAGUGCAUGCUCACAAUCGACUUCUUUCUGAUUUCAUCAACAAAAUCGAAUUUCAGACCAAAACCUCUACCGGGAACUCAAAGGAUGUGGCAAGAAAGAAGGUGAGGUUCGUGGAGUCAAAAGACGAAAAGUAUUACGUGAAGAAGGAGGGGCGGGAGGCAACUUGGCGGAAUAAUGGUGAAAUUUUAGAGGGUAUGCCUCAAAACCGGCAAGUUUUGUACAAAGGGAUUAUGCAAAAUAGGAAUCGUAUGGUUUGAUGAUGAAAAGUGGGCGGCUGCCGGCUAAUCGCUUGUCAAUUAGUACUAGUAUUAAUUAGUUGGUUGAAAAAACAUUCUACUCUGAUGUAAAAUGAUCAACAUUUAAUUUCUAAUUUCUACGUAUGUAAGUAUGUUGUUCG